GAUUUCUUUUAAAUUCUUUUUCCCAAAAAUGUAUAAAUUUUGGUUAGAACGUCGACAAAACCAUUUUCAUUACCCUUUAAUUACCACCCCUUUUAACAACAGAAAUACAAAUAAUAAUAAAUUAAUUUCUUGUUCUUCCCCUCAUUCAUUGGAUUCCUCUGCCCCAACAGAAGAAAUGAUUUUAACAAAAUUUGAAGGAGAAAAAUUUCGUUUAAAUUUGAGUGAAUUAAAUAGACAAGAUACAGAAAUGAUUUUGGAUGAAGGAAGAGAAACUGAGGAGGAGGAGGAGAGCGGAAGCUGCGGUGAUUUCCUUGAGGAAUCAGUUAAUUUUCCUGAUGCACCUACAGAUGAGCAAGUCCAAAGAUGGAUUUCCUUGGGUGAUGUACAACAACUUGAACAAUUAGUUUUGGAUGGAAGAGCACAUUUAUUAAAAGACAAAUCUUCAACUAAUUUAGCUUCAGCAGAAUUUCUUCAAGGAGUCUCUCAAUAUCAAUCUAAAGUUGAUUCAAUACAUAAAGCUGUAGAAGAAGGAGAUGUUCGUCGAGUAAAAUCUUUAAUUGACAGAACAAUGCUAGCAACUGCUAAAGACAGUCACGGAAUGACUCCUUUACAUAAAGCUCUUUUAUAUGGACAAACAAUUACUGUUAGAUUUCUGUUAACAAAAUACCCUCAUUGUGUUAACGAACCAGAUCAUGCAGGCAGAACAGCUUUACAUUUUGCUGCUGCUGAUGCUAAUGGGGAACAUAUGAUUAAAGUUUUACAAAAAGCUGGGGGCGAUGCUUUUAUUGAAGAUAAAUAUGGACAUACACCUUUUUAUUAUCGAACACAUGGAAAAAGAUUAAAUAUAAGAACACUUAAAGAUAAUGCUGUAAUAAAUCAAUUAAUUUCUGGUCAAUUAAAUCGUCCUUUACUUCAAGAUUUAGAAGAAGACAUUACAGAUUGGAUACAUACAGGAAAUAUUGGAAAAUUGGAAGAAUUAGUUUUAAAUGGUUAUGCUGAUUUAUUAUUAGGGAGAAAUCAUCAAUUGGACGAUGCUGAUGCAAUAAGUUUUUUAGAAGUAUUACCUCAAUAUCAGGCAAAAGUUCAAGCAAUACAUAAAGCUAUAGAACAGGGGAAUUUACGUGCUGUUAAAUUAUUAACUGACAGAAAGAAAUUAGCUUUUUGUAGAGAUAGUAGAGGACUUGCACCUUUACAUAAAGCUGUGGUUUUUGGACAAACAGAAAUUGCUAAAUAUUUAAUUCGUAAUUACCCACAAUCUGUUAAUUCAAUGGAUCAAAGUAAAAGAACUCCUUUACAUUAUUCUGCGGCUUUAAGAGAUGGGGGUUAUAUGUAUAAAUUAAUGAGAAAAGCUGGUGCUGAUCCAAAUACUUUUGAUUGUAAUGGAAGAUUACCAAAAUAUUAUUUAAAAUAUCCUGGAGAACUUAAUUUGGAAAGAAUGAGAUUAGAUACAAAACAAGCACUAAAACAAAUCUUGCAUACAAGAGUGGCGCCCUCCUAUUUAGAAUCAAACAUUCAGCAAUGGCUAAGAGAAGGAAAUUUAGCAAAAUUAGAACAAUUAGUAAUGUCUGGCUGCGGUGAUUUGGUCCUCGAUAAAAAAUCAAAUAAUCCGGAAGCUCAAAUAUUUUUGAAAGAAUUACCUUCUCUUUUGUCAAAUAUAGACUCAAUUCAUAGAGCAAUACGUGAAGGGAGAAUUGAAUCAAUUAAACAAUUAAUUACAAAUAAAAGAUUGGCAUUAGCUAGAGACAAACAUGGCUGUACACCUUUACAUACAGCAAUUAUUCAUGAAAAAACAGAAAUAAUUCGUUUUCUUGCUGCUAAUUUUCCUUUAGUUCUUAAUGCUCCAGAUUAUAAUAAAAGGACAGCAAUGCAUUAUGCAGCAGCUGCACGUGAUGGAGGUCAUUAUUUGAAGAUUUUAGGUAAAGCAGGUGCUGAUCCUAUGGCUGUUGAUAAUGGUCGAACGCCUGACUAUUACCGUCGGAAUGCUGUUUUUGAUCUUAAAUUGCUCAAAGAACGGGAUGUGGAAGAAUUGGGUGCAGAUGCUUUACUCUCCAAAUCUGUAGUGAGUAAUGAUUUAAAGCAAAAUUACAACGAAAAAUUUAAACAGCAACACGGCGACUUCCCUGACAGUCCGAGCGAAUCAGCCGAUUUACUUUCUUUGCAUUCUUCUGGCGUUGAUACGGGCAGAAAAGGUUUAGAAAAAGGUGGAGGUAGAGAAUAUAUUGAUGAUGAAGGGGAAAUGAUAGAAUUUGAUGGAAACGGGGAUGGAGAUGGAAUUGAUGAUAGGGAAGAUGCUGAGAAGAAUAGAUUUGAACAUUUAUUACAUGAAAGAUUGGGAAUGCCUACAAGUGAUAACGGUCUUUAUUUGGCACGUACUGUAGCACCUGUUUUAACCAAAGCAUUGGCAGAGGUACUUCUUCGACGUCCUGCUAAUCCAAUCGGAUUUAUUUCUGAUUGGUUAGUUAAAUAUACUGAAGAAACAGAACAAUUUUAA